AAUGCAAGGCCAGGCCAGCAGAAGGCAGGGUGGGUGGAGCUGAGCCAAGAAGGAAGGGAUAAAUGCCAAGUCCUGACCCACAGUGCCCACUCGUCCUUCGUUCGUCCUCAGUGCAGGGCAACAGGACUUUAGGCUCAAGAUGGUGGCAGCAGCUAUGUUACUACAGUGCUGUCCAGUGCUUGCCCAGGGGCCCACAGGCCUCCUGAACAAGGUGAUUAAGAUUCACCAGUUCCUGUUUGGUAUUGGACGUUGUCCCAUCCUGGCCACCAAAGGACCAACCUGUUCUCAAAUUCACCUUAAAGCAACCAAGGCUGGAGGAGACUCUCCAUCUUGGGCCAAGAGCCACUGUCCCUUCAUGCUGUCUGAACUCCAGGAUGGGAAGAGUAAAAUUGUGCAGAAGGCGGCCCCAGAAGUCCAGGAGGAUGUAAAGACUUUCAAGACAGACCUACCCAGCUCCCUGGUCUCAACCAGCCUGAGGAAGCCAUUCUCCAGUCCACAGGAGCCAAAGGAAAUUUCAGAGGCCACAUACCUGAUUCAGAACCACAUAACUGGAAACCAUGUCUUUGGUUAUGACCAGUUUUUCAGGCACAAGAUCAUGGAAAAGAAACAGGAUCACACCUACCGUGUGUUCAAGACCGUGAACCGCUGGGCUGAUGCAUACCCCUUUGCCCAACACUUCUCUGAGGCAUCUGUGGCCUCAAAGGAUGUGUCUGUCUGGUGCAGUAAUGACUACCUGGGCAUGAGCCGGCACCCUCGAGUCUUGCAAGCCACACAGGAGACACUGCAGCGUCAUGGAGCUGGAGCUGGUGGCACCCGCAACAUCUCAGGUACCAGUAAGUUUCAUGUGGAGCUGGAGCAGGAGCUGGCUGAACUGCACCAGAAGGACUCAGCCCUGCUCUUUUCUUCCUGUUUUGUGGCCAAUGACUCUACUCUCUUCACCUUGGCCAAAAUUCUGCCAGGGUGUGAGAUUUACUCAGAUGCAGGCAACCAUGCUUCAAUGAUCCAAGGUAUCCGCAACAGUGGAGCAGCCAAGUUUGUCUUCAGGCACAAUGACCCUGACCACCUGAAGAAACUUCUAAAGAAGUCCAAUCCUAAGACACCCAAAAUUGUGGCCUUUGAGACUGUUCACUCCAUGGAUGGUGCCAUCUGUCCCCUUGAGGAGUUGUGUGAUAUAGCCCAUCAGUAUGGGGCUCUGACCUUCGUGGAUGAGGUUCAUGCUGUAGGACUAUAUGGUUCCCGGGGCGCUGGGAUUGGGGAGCGUGAUGGAAUUAUGCACAAGAUUGACAUCAUUUCUGGAACUCUUGGCAAGGCCUUUGGCUGUGUGGGUGGCUACAUUGCCAGCACCCGUAACUUGGUGGACAUGGUGCGUUCCUAUGCUGCUGGCUUCAUCUUCACCACUUCACUGCCUCCCAUGGUACUCUCUGGGGCUCUGGAAUCUGUGCGGCUGCUCAAGGGAGAGGAGGGCCAAGCCCUGCGGCGGGCCCACCAACGCAAUGUCAAGCACAUGCGCCAGCUACUAAUGGACAGGGGCCUUCCUGUUAUCCCCUGCCCCAGCCACAUCAUCCCCAUCCGGGUGGGUGAUGCAGCACUGAACAGCAAGAUCUGUGAUCUCCUGCUCUCCAAGCAUAGCAUCUAUGUGCAGGCCAUCAACUACCCAACUGUCCCUCGGGGUGAGGAGCUUCUGCGUCUGGCACCCUCCCCACACCAUAGCCCUCAGAUGAUGGAAGACUUUGUGGAGAAGCUGCUGGUAGCUUGGACUGAGGUGGGGCUGCCCCUCCAGGAUGUAUCUAUUGCUGCCUGCAAUUUCUGUCGCCGUCCUGUGCACUUCGAGCUCAUGAGUGAGUGGGAACGCUCCUACUUUGGGAACAUGGGGCCCCAGUAUGUCACCACCUAUGCCUGAAAAGCCAACUACCUCAGAUUCCCACCCCACCUGCACUUCACUUGGAACUGCACCUCCUGUCCUCUGCUUUGUUGUGUGCCUCCAGCUGACCUGAGUCUGAAAACAAAUAAAGAGCAAACUGCAGCA